GUCACCGCUGCCCGCGGGAGGCGGAGCCACCGCUCGGCGACCUUGCGAGGGGUGGGCGAGGGCGGUAGGAGGCGGCGGGGCUGCGGCGGCGCUUAGUCCGGCCCGGGCCGUGCGGGGCAGGGCUGCCGGGGGGAGACGAGGAGCUGGAGGAAGCUAUUGAUUAACAAAAUGAAGGCUGCAAAACUGCAUUAUUGGAUUCUGGGUUGGUUUUCUGUGGCAUUAUGUUGUUGGUGUACUUCAGAUAAAUUCACUCAAAGUGACAACCAGCCUCAUACCUGGAAAAAGCUGUAUCUUGCUCAUCAUUGGCCAGUGACUGUAUGUAAGAUGAGUGCUAAUGAUUGUCAAGACCCUCCAGAGUAUUGGACGAUCCAUGGACUGUGGCCUGACAAAGGUGAAGAGUGUAAUAGGACAUGGCAUUUCAAUGUCACCGAGAUCAAGGAUCUUUUGUCAGACAUGAGACACUAUUGGCCUGAUGUACUUCAUUCAUCUCUGAAUCGCACCCAAUUCUGGAAGCAUGAGUGGGAGAAACACGGCACUUGUGCAGCCACACUUCAGGUCCUUAAUUCUCAGAAGAAAUACUUUGGUAAAGCCUUAGAACUCUAUGGGCACCUUGAUCUUAACAGUUGUCUCCUGAAAGCUGGGAUAAAGCCAAGCAGUUCAUACUACCAGAUGACUGCCAUAAAGGAAGCUCUUACAAAAUUUUAUGGUGUAACACCAAAGAUCCAAUGUCUUCCUCCAGAAGAGGGUGAAAAAGCACAAACAAUUGGUCAGAUUGAGUUCUGCUUCACCAAAGAACUGCAGCUGAGAAACUGCACAGCGCUGAAGGGUGAAUCUGACCCACUGCAGGCCGACAUGAAGCUUGGAACUGAAGAGUUGUCUGUCUGCAGUGAUACUCUCCCAACGUAUUAUCCUUCACAGGUCCAAGGUCACAAAUGAAGCCAUAAGAAUUUGAAAAACUUUUUGAAGACUCAGGGAAUUAAGUCAUUCUCUGUUUUGAAAUGAUGCUUGUCUCUGAGAUAAGAUGACAACUUUUUGAGACAAAAAUAUUGUAAACCGAAGAACUUAGAGACCUCUCUGGAUGUCCUUUCCCAGACAUAAUAUACACUGCCUUGCAUAAAUUUGCUUUGUGGCAGUGCUGAACAGAGGCCAUGUCCUCUGAGACGUUAAACUUUUCCUUAGUCAAAGAUCACAGCGGACCAAACAUAACAACUUUUGCAUAACUUCUUAGUGAAUGAAAUAACAUUCACCAGGUUUUGGCAUUUCUGCCUGAAGGACCCCAGGAAGACCAUAUUUAUUGUUACACCUGUUCUUUGAUUGAUUUUGCUACAGUAGCUCCAUGCAGUCUUGAAGAACAACCAAGCUUAGAAGUCACUUGCUAGUAUAGGAAAAUGUUAGGCCCUAGAAAUAAUUUUUUGUUAAUUUCUCAUUGUAUUGCAAAGUUUAGGAUUACCAUGCAAGUGUGAGUGCCUGCAUUUUUAUUUAAAAAUGAGAUUGUCACAUAAUCACUCUGUUACAACAAACAGUUUUUUAUAAGUGAAACAGUAAAUACUACAGGAUUUUCAGUGAAAAGUACAAAUGUUAGCAAUAGUGUAUCUCUAUCACAUAAUAUUUAAUAACAUGCCACCAAGUUGGAUAUUUCCAAAGGAGACCAAAUUUGGAUGACAUCCUCUACAUGGUGCUGUGUUGAUGUGUCUCAGAUUGUCUUUCAAAGAUGGACAAUUAUGGCUCAAGGAACCAUCUGUUAGAAGAAUAUUACUGUGAAAGCAUGAAACGCAGUAUUAGGAAUAAAUUUGUUAUGUCUUUUAGGCUUUAGAAACCAUUCACAUCUACUGUUUUUUGACUGUCCCUGUUUCUCCACCACCUUUCAUUUAAAGCUCUGUGUCACCAUUGAGGUCUUAUCUGGCAGCUGAACAGUAGGCAAAUGUUCAAUUACCCCUCCCCACCCAGGACAGGAAAUUGGGAAGGAAAAGGAAACUCAUGGGUUGAAAUAAAAAGUUUUAAUAGAACAAUAAAAGAAGAUAAAAUAAUAAUGGUAAUAAUAAUAAUAAUAGUAAAAUAUACAAAACAAUACUCACCCACUCCAGUUAAUAAUCACAGAACAUGCGUUUUCCAAGAAUGAAUACCAGAUGGUGAACACUGCAAGUGCAGCGGUUUUAGCAGCUGUGAAGGUCAGAAUGAACACAAAGAAAUGACCGAAGAUGGAGAAUUCACCAGAGACUGAGACCAGACUCAGAGCAGUGGAAUGAGGACACUGAGAAGCACUGAGGGUGUCCACGACCCCAAGGGACAGCACACGCUGUGAAGAAUGCAGCCACCCCUGGCAACCUUUCCACUUGCAUAUGAAGCAUGAUGUUAAUUGUAUAGAAUGCUUCUGUUGGCCAGUUUGUCAGUGGUUCUGGCUGCAAUCCUCCCAGCUUUAUACAGCUGCUCACUUGUGAAGAAUGGGAAACUGAGGAAGUCCCUUGUUUCUUUGACAACAAACCAGCAGUUACUUUUCAGAAUUUUUCUCAUACCAAAAUUUAGAGAAGCAGUUGCUGAGAAGAAAAAUUAUUCUAUCCCAGCUGAACAUAACCAUUAUACAGUAACAACUGUUCUCACACUGAACUCAAAAUGCUUCAGCUACUGAGAAGCACAGCUUCUUCAAAGAAAAUUGACUCUAUCCCAGCUGAAAACAGAACAGUUACCUUGCCAUUCCAGAAUGCUGUCGGUUUCUUAGUCCUUCAUUUAGAAACUCAGAUGUUUGUUUAUUCUUACAGCUAAGCCGCUCUUUCAAAGUGUGUCUUCCUUCCCAAGAGAGGGGAUAUACUAAUGGUAAUCUCUUCUAGUGUUUUUAUAGUAGCCAUGGCAUGUUCAGUUGAUGUUGAACAUGACCAGAGACAUGACCAGAAGAAUUACAAUUCUUCAUUCCCCCAUUUCUGUUAUCUUUUUCUAACCAAGAAAAAGUAGGGAGACUGAACUAAAAUGCUUGAAAAACUAGAAUGUACUUGUUUUUUGUGGAAUCUUCUGGAUGGUGUUUUUUUCCUUCUAAUUACAAAAAAAAAAAAUCGUAGCCGAAAGAAACAAAUACUUGUUGGGGAAAAUGCAUUUCUCUGCAAAGGAGCGGCCCAAGGUUCAUGUACCUUUUAAAGCUUUCUCCCUGACUUUCAGAUAGUACUUAGAUGGUGCAUAGGUUUUGGGUGGACUGUGUAGAGUGCAAAUGACUUGGAAUGAACAUAA